AUGUCCGAUAUCACUCCUCGCAAGACGUUCAUCCGAAUCAAGACCUCAGCUCCUGCCCCUCUGCCAGAUCAGCACCAACAGGAGGUACUCAGUGAAUGGGAUCGUCAGUUCCGAAGACACUUCGGCAACGGAAUGCGCAUGGGUACCAUCGAGGAUCGCGCUGAAGAGACUCAGUCCCAACCGGAUCAGCUUGAUUCGCUUGAACUUCGGGCAUCCAGUAGGGAAGACACCGAACAACGAGAUACCCAGGGGGGAGUUUCGUCCCUGCGUUUCGGUAGUGGUGAUUAUGCUGGACUCGCUGGAGCUCGCGAAGAGCCUCCUAAUCAGAGUCUUUUAGUUUCGUCCUACCAUUCUACUCCCGAGAGAGAUGUUCAAUUUAAUUCCACGGGCAUGAAUACCACGGCGAUCAGCUCCACCGAAAUCCACUCGGUACUCACUUCUGAAUCUUCUGAUGAGGACAGCGAGAUGUCAGGCACUACUGACGAAGAGGAGAACCAUCCCUCAAUGCAGAAUUGGCUUCCCUCUGCAAAUGACCAGGACAAGCGCGAGAUGCUUAUCAAGAUGAGCAAAGACAUGAAAAAGCUCCGGGCUCGCAACAAGCGACUCCGAACCCAGAAGAGGCUCAAAUCGUCUGGCAAGAGACCAACAUCUCGCGGCUCGACCGUUGCCACGCCCGCUACGGCCACCACCAAUCCUACUGCUGCUACGUUCGCCGACGCCGCUCUGACGGAGAUGGUAAGCCUCGUCGGUGAACAAUCUGUCCGCAUCAAGUCCCUCGAGAGUCGCAUCAUGGACGCCCUUGAUGAAAACAAGACGAAAGAGGACCGAAUCGAGGAUCUCAUCUACGACCUUGGGGAGGCCCAGGACAGCGCUCGAGCCUUCAACGCAGCCCUGGGCCACUCGCAGGGGCAACAUCACGAGGCCCUAAACCGGCUACGUCAGAAGGACGCGGAACUCCAUGAGAUGGCUCGCCAGCUCCAGCAGGCCCAUGACUCCUUUGAACAGGAGGUGCAGGCGAACCGAAGUUACCGAACUCAGCGUGAUUUUGAUGCCUGCACUAUCGAGUCUCUGCGCAAGGAGCGAGAGGAGCUUGAGGCUCGGCAAGCCAACGCCCGGUAUCAGCUGACGGAACCUCGUGCUCUCUUGAGCAUUCUCAACCAAUCCUCUCCGUGUGAGAAGGUCGUAGAGUCCGUCUGGAAGCCACUUCAGGUCCAGGUCGCUGUUCUCGCUCGCGGUACUCUCAGGGGUCCCAUCCCCACCACUGGCAUGCUCCCCGAGUUUUACACGAAGCUCUAUGAGAUAUGGCCUGAGUGGGAGGAUCACGUCGAUAACCCGUCUAUCCGUGCCGGCGUCGUUGAAGCCUAUCUUUGGGCCCAGGUUGAGAAGUAUUGCAGCCUCGGUCCUAAUGGUGUUUGGGGCGGUUCCAUGGGAAACGCUUUCCGAAGCGUCUGCCAGAAUAUCGUCAACAAUUUCCUUGACCAGGAGAACGAUCCGGAAAAGGUUGCCGCCUAUUGCUGGUGGCGUAGUAGUGGCGCUUACAUGCUCUCCCAGAUUCAAAGCAAUGAUGAGAGCACUGGAGUUGAACAGUCCUGGAUCGACACAGUCGACCACCAACUCCGCGUUCUGAAGCCUCUUCUCGUCCGCUCCUCCAAGCCGGACGAGAACCUCCAAGCGUUCCAGGAACUGCGUGGGCGGCUGGAGAAGAUGUUCUACAAGGCCCGCCUGCUCGACGACGCUUUCAUGUCGUCUCGUCAGAUGUGGAAGCUGAGCUUCCCCCGCCACGUUGACCUGUUCGAUUCGGAGAUGAUGGCCCGCGGCUUCAAGGUUAAGGAUAAGGACCGCCCCGAGGCCGCGGCCGCCGCAACUUCGUCCGUCAAUGAACUGCGAGUCAGGUUUGUUAUCAGUCCCGCUCUGCACGUUCUUGGAGCGGAUAAAGAGUAUGAGACGUGGACUAUGUUCCGCAAGGCUCGGGUGGACUGCUAUGCUGAGGGGGACGGUCCUGUUCAGCAGCCGCGGCAAGUGGAGGUUCUUCAGCUUGAGGAGGGUUAG